AUGCAAGCCCCCAAGACUAAAGCAGAGCUGCAGCAACAUAAAGCAAAACUUGCGAACUCUUAUUCGGAACUGCUAGAACAGUUUGCCUCUCAAGAACUCAAAAACGUCGGCAACUACACGGUAGGGAAACUCAUUGGCAAGGGUUCUUUUGGCAAAGUAUACCUUGCCAGACACAACCUCAUCAAUGGCUCCAAGGUCGUCCUCAAGGCCUCGAACAAAGAUGAUGCAAACCUUGCGCGAGAGAUUCACCAUCACCGCCAAUUCAUCCACCCCCAUAUCGCGCGAUUAUACGAAGUUAUAAUAACAGAGACACAUGUGUGGUUGGUUUUGGAGUACUGUCCAGGUGACGAACUAUACAACUACCUAUGCAGAAACGGAGCCCUUCCUGUCGAGACUGUACAGAAGAUCUUCACCCAGCUGGUCGGAGCCGUUGCAUAUAUACAUAGCAAAUCAUGCGUCCAUCGCGAUUUGAAGCUGGAAAACGUUCUGUUGGACAAGCACGACAACGUCAAGUUGUGCGAUUUCGGUUUUACGAGGGAAUACGAGGGAAAAGCCAACUACCUGCAGACCUUUUGCGGGACCGUGUGCUACAGCGCGCCGGAAAUGCUGAAAGGCGAGAAGUAUGCGGGUGAGAAGGUCGACGUCUGGAGUCUGGGCAUCAUACUCUACGCACUCCUUAAAGGGGAGCUCCCCUUUGACGAGGACGAUGAUGUAGCGACGAAGGCGAAAAUAUUGAAGGACGACCCUGUAUACCCCGACACCUUUCCGGAAGCUGCGAAAGCACUGAUAUCAAAGCUGCUGUCUAAGAGACCGCUGUACAGACCUACUUUAUCAGAUAUCCUUGCGGACCCUUUCCUCUCCGAACAUGCACCGGCACAGCAGGCCAUACUGAAAUUGUCCCAGCCUGCUGCCUUUACGACGCAAUUGGAGAAGGACACGUUGGAGCGAAUGAGAGCUGCCGGUGUCGACAUUGACAAAGUCAUAGAGAAUGUCCUUGCCCAGCGGUGUGACAACUUAUCUGGGUGGUGGUCGUUGCUGAUCGAGAAGGAAACGAGGAAACAAGUACGACGAGAACGGAAGCGGAAGGAAAAAGAAGCAGAGAUGAAACUACUUAGGCGGCUCAGCGGUGCUAGCAGUCGUGUCGAGAGGAUUGCACCGACACUGGUGGAGGUCGAUGAAGAAGGAACGCAUACAGAGAUGCAAGGACGCCGCAGCAGUAGCCGUGGAAGAACGCAGCGGAGAAGCACACCUCAGAUUCUCGUUAGCGAUUUACCUCAGCUUCCAGAAGGUGACGUGGUACGCUCUGCAAAUUCGGCCACCCCACCGCCUCCGAUCGACAAGGAUUCAACGCGCUCACACAGUGGUUCACGGCCUCCUCUCCCGCCCAAGGAACGAAGUCGACGGAGUAGUACUCUGCAGAUGGUCUCAACAAAUCCAGACCUGUUUGGUCCCGUGAAUGGCAUUGCCAAAAGACGUGGAGUUAAGCUACGCAACCGGCACUUCCUUGGCCAACUCACAGCGUUGAAGCAUUGGUUUGUGGAAUCCACGAAGAAAGCCAAGUCACCUGUACGUCAAAUGGAGGAUAAAGUUUUGAACGGCCAUAUUGCCCAUGCCAUCAGACAGAAUUCCAAGAGUACCCCUGCUCUCGACCGAACAAGCCGCAACGAUGCCCCUCCGGUCUCCCGAAGGUCUUCCUAUGGAGCUGCCCUGACACCAGUGGCAUCACACUCUGGACCUGUGAUUGCGAUCAAAACAUCAGGUCCUCGCAUCGAUGCCGCGCGAGUCCGGUCUCAGCGCAACUCACUUUCUCCUUCGCCGUUGACACCACGCUCUUCCUUCAAUCGUCGUAGCUCCGCCGGCCUGCGCGGUCGCAAGUCUACUUCGUCCUCAGUAAGUUCGAUUCGGAGCAUGCCUCGCCACACAAGCCACAGCAAAGCAUCGAGUCAGAGCAGCAACAGUCUAGACACGAUCCAUAGUCCUGCGCCGAGUCGUAGCACCACAAGGAGCCCUCACUCUUCCAUCAAGGUACUGCCAAACACGCCGGUCGGAAGUACAUUCCCCAGCAGUGUGCGCGUUAUUCGUACAUCCAGCGGAACGGAGGCGAGUAUUCAGCCGCGUCCACUGUCGGGAAUACACGAUGAAGGAUCACCUGGCGCCCCGGCAUUUGGAGGAGUGAUGUUUGCUAAGAAGAAACGAAGCCCGUUCAAAGGCCCAAUGUUGAAUAGCGCACUCUUUGGCACCGGCGUCCCUGCCAGUUUCUCGAGUCCUGCGAUUGUAGGAGCUGGUAUGGGAUCAGGUCAGCACCCGAGAAAUCGUGAAGGUAGUGAUGGCAAGAUGAACCUUGCUCUGGGCUUUGGGUUUCUGGGUAGUGCGGCAGGAGGAGGAGGGGGAUCAGCGAGACGGACCAGUAGUGGUCGCGGAAAGGGCGGAGGCCGAAAAAGUCAAAUCAUUGAAGAAGAAGAGGAGGAUGAGGAGGUAAUUGAGGAAGGAGAGCCCUCGGACGAAGUUGAAGAGGUGGAUGCGUUUCAAGCAGUUGAACUGGGCAAAGGUGAGAGAGUACAGAGUAUAACUAUCUGGAACGAUGGUGAGGACCAAGAUGAAGCAGAUGAUGUGGUGGGUGGACUGAACAAGACUUUCAAAGCCAUGUGA